AUGGGCGGGAAAGGCGAAAGUGCCGAGCAGAACUACCCCAAACAGCCCUUCCUGCUCUCGGUCGAUGAGGUCGUCGACCAUCUCCAGACCAGAAUCGAGUCGGGCUUGGCCAAUGCCCAAGUUCAACAGUAUCAGGAUAAGUAUGGACCGAACAAGCUGUCGGGUGACGGCGGCGUCUCCUGGUACUCGAUUCUGGGGAAACAGAUCUCAAAUGCCAUGAUCUUGGUUUUGGUGUUGGCAAUGGCCCUCUCUUACGGUGUCGAGGAUUGGGUGGAAGGAGCCGUCAUUACAGCCGUCAUCGUUCUCAACGUGCUGAUCGGCUUCUACCAGGAAUUUCAAGCCGAGAAGAAAAUGGACGCUCUUCGGUCCUUAUCUUCGCCCUCUGCAGCUGUCGUCCGCGAUGGCACCGAAAUGACUAUUCCUUCGGGAGAGGUCGUACCUGGCGACAUCGUCUCCAUCAAGACCGGAGAUACCGUGCCCGCCGACCUCCGCAUGUUUGAAGUCAUGAACUUGGAAUGCGACGAGGCCAUCUUGACAGGAGAGGCUCUCCCAGUCGCUAAAGAGGUUGACUUCGAGGCCAAGCACGGGGCCGCCAAAGAAGAUCUUGGACUCGGCGACCGACUGAACAUCGCUUAUUCAUCGUCCACCGUCACCAAGGGCCGCGGUCGUGGUAUCGUCGUUUACACCGGUAUGUCAACUGCCAUUGGAGGGAUUGCCGCAUCCAUGCAGGGAAAAAAACGCAAGCCAAACCGAUCCAUGUCACGAAAGAAGCACGGCCCUAUGCAGCCCGUCAAGGGAGGCGCACUUCGUGUCUGGGACGGUAUUGGCAAGUUUCUCGGUCUUACCGAGGGCACUCCUCUUCAAAUCAAGCUCAGUAAACUGGCCUACGUCCUGUUCGGUUGCGCACUUCUCCUUGCCAUCAUUGUCUUUGGAGUCAACGAAUUCAACGUCACCAACGAAGUCGCCAUCUACGCCAUCUCGACCGGUAUCGCCAUCAUUCCUGAAUCACUGAUUGCCGUCUUGACCAUCACAAUGGUUGUCGGUAUGACGCAGAUGAGGAAGAGGAAGGUUGUCGUUCGACAGCUCAGUGCUCUUGAAGCUCUCGGUGGCGUCACAAACAUCUGUUCAGACAAGACGGGUACUUUGACCCAAGGUAAAAUGGUGACACGCAAAGCUUGGAUUCCUGGAGUAGGCAUCUACAGUGUCGACAACUCAAGCAAUGCAUCCGACCCUACCGAAGGUACCAUCAGUCUCGGCAAAGCACCCGGCUCCCGCAAGGACGCCGAAGCCGAGCGACAAGCCCGUCAAGAAGCUCUCGACCGCAAGCGAAGUGUAGCCGGUGUUCUCUUCGAUGUGCCGCAAGAGAAGUUGCAAAAGGACAAUCAAAAGACGGCGCACCCCGAGGAGCCAGUGGCAGUGGAGGAUAAUCCUGAAGUGACGCCCGAACUCCGAGCUUUCCUCGAGGCCGCUGCUCUCUGCAAUCUCGCCACAGUCCGCAAGGUUAACGAAGAUGGUACAGAGCAAUGGAAGACCACCGGCGACCCCACCGAGAUUGCUCUCCAGGUAUUCUCCCAUCGUUUCGAGCAUGGCAAGAAGAAGCUCGAGGAAGAACAUGGGUGGACUCAGAAGAUGGAAUUCCCGUUUGAUUCCUCCAUCAAGCGCAUGACUGUUGUCUACCAAAAACCCAACGAAGACCAUUCCACCAUUUUCACUAAAGGUGCCGUCGAGCGCAUCAUCGAUCUCUGCACAACCGUCGGUAUUGGAGAGCACGAGGAGGAGAUCACGCCUGCGCUCAAAGAAAGCAUCCUCGAACAAAUGACCUUCCUCGCCGAACAAGGACUGCGUGUCCUCGCGCUCGCUCGGAAAUUCACUCCCCUGGACAUCGCAGAGCAUUCGGACAUUGAUCGUGCCGAAGUCGAAACUGAGCUCACUCUGCUCGGUCUGGCCGGACUAUACGACCCACCACGUCUCGAAACCAAAGGGGCCGUUCAGGCAUGCACCAAUGCUGGUAUUACCGUCUCCAUGCUCACAGGUGAUCACCCGUCCACUGCCACCGCCAUUGCCAAGGAAGUCGGCAUAAUCCCCAGAAACAUGGGCCAGCUCGCGCCUGAUGUCGCCGCGGCCAUCGUCAAGACAGCAACCGAGUUCGACAAAAUGACCGACGAGGAAAUCGACGCCUUGCCCACCCUGCCGCUCGUGGUCGCUCGUUGUGCUCCAGAAACCAAAGUGCGCAUGAUCGAAGCCCUCCACCGACGACGCAAAUUCGCCGCCAUGACGGGCGACGGCGUGAACGAUUCUCCCUCGCUCAAGCUCGCAGACGUGGGUAUCGCCAUGGGUCUCAACGGAAGUGACGUCGCGAAAUCUGCGUCCGACAUUGUGUUGACGGACGACAACUUUGCGAGUAUCGUCAACGCGAUCGAGGAAGGACGUAGAAUGUUCGACAACAUCCAGCGUUUCGUCUUGCACUUGCUGACGUCCAACGUCGGCGAAGUCAUCCUGCUCAUCUGCGGGUUGGGGUUCAAGGACAGCACGGGACUCAGCGUGUUCCCCCUCUCACCGUUGCAGAUUCUGUGGAUCAACAUGCUCACAUCGUCGUUCCCAGCCUUUGGCCUCGGUCGCGAGAAAGCGUCGGCGGACGUCAUGGAGCGCCCACCGCACGACAACAAAAAGGGCGUCUUCACUUGGGAACUGAUCACCGACAUGUUGGUCUAUGGCACCAUUCAGGGCACGUGCUGCCUGAUGACGUUCGUGUUUAUCGUCUACGGGCCCGGUCCAGACGGACUAGGCGAGGACUGCAACCGCAAGUACAGCGAGUCUUGCAAUGUCGUGUUCCGAGCACGAGCAGCCGUCUUUGCCGAGCUGACCUGGCUCAUCUUGAUCUCGGCCUGGGAAUUCAAGUCUAUGCGACGAAGCAUGUUCCGGAUCAACCCGCACGACACACGCGCGUUCCCCUUCUUCGCAGACAUCUGGGAGAACCAGUUCCUGUUCUGGUCCGUCACGAUCGCCUUCUUCUCCGUCUUCCCUGCCGUGUACAUUCCUGGUUUGAACACGAAUGUGUUCAAGCACAAGGGCAUCUCGUGGGAAUGGGCCCCGGCCAUUGUCUGCGUGUUUGUGUUUGUCUCAGGCAUGGAAGCCUGGAAGUACGUCAAGCGUGCAAUGGGAUGGUUCGAGAAGGAGGAGACCGAGGGCAUGAAGGCCAGAAGGCACCAGCGCUCGGCAUUGAACUUGAGACAGGGCUUCUUCACUAUGGCCAGGAGCUUCACCAAGAGCAAGUCGGAAGAGAAGAGGACGCCUAGCUCGCACGACGAAAAGGAGGAUUCUUCGAGGGUUGUUUCUAUGCCGAGGAGCAGGGAGGUUGUCUGA